AACAGAGAGUUUGGUUGACUCUGGCAGUUUUGUUUCAAACGGACAACAAUAGUCUGUCAGUAGGGAAAGGGUCCAGUUUAUCCUCACAGCACUCACCAGCACUAUACGCUAAAUUAACCCAGGUUAGCCUUGAUUCAAUGGAUGCUUCAGUGGUGACCUACUCUCAGCUGAAGACAAUGCUGUCCAACCGAGACAUUCAGCUGUUUGAUGUAAGAAAUCCUGAUGAAUACCAGGCUGGGCGCAUUCCAGAUGCUGUCAACAUCCCACUGGGCAACCUCGAGGAGUCUCUGAAGCUGUCUCCAGAGCGUUUUCAUCAGACGUUUGAAGUGAAGGCUCCUGGGAAAGAUGACGACAACAUUGUGUUUCAAUGCAAAAGUGGCAACAGGAGCGCCAAAGCACUGGACAUCGCCCGUCAGCUGGGAUUUAGCAGGGCGAGACAUUAUAAAGGAGGGUACAGUGAGUGGGCAGAGAAAGAAGGAAAAUGAAUCUGGACUAAAUGCUGCGCUUUACCUCCAUAUUUGUAUCAAAAAUACAUACACUACAUAAUAACACUAUAAUACAAAACUACAGAAUAUAAAUGAGCAAUGUCUUGAGCAACAUUGACUUGACAGUUUAUAAGUUACAAAUCAGAUUCACAUUAAAUUAUAUACAAAUUUCAACUUGUCUUUGAAUGUAUUUGUAGACCUGCAGUUUGUCCCAUUCACACUACACACUAUUUUUUUCAGCUAUGUAGUAAUUGUCAUAGUUUACUGUUUUUGUAGUUAGCAUCUUAAAAAUAUCAACAUCCUUAAAACUGUUUCUCCAUUUCCUUUUUGUGCAUGUUUUUAAUAUGCAUACAGACUGUUUUGAGUGCACUUUAUCUAGUCUCUUUGUGAGCGUAAACAUACUUAGACAUACAUACUCAAAACCUGCUUUAAAUGAAUGUGCAGUUUGGAUUUUUGGUAGAAAAGCAGUUAGAUCUCCGGACCAGCAGAUGGCAGCAAAGUGUCAACCAAGUCCAACUUUUGUGUCCAUUACUCCUACCACUUCCUGAUUUUUAUUGUUAUUGGAGCAAAGACCUCUUAGGCCUGACCUUCACACAGGUAUUUGUCUAGACAGGUAUGGAUCCUGUGAGUAACCACUCUGUGAGCAGCUGUCAGGAGUCCAAUCUGCACAAGGUCCAUAGAUGCCUCAUUCAGAGGGAAAGCAAAUUUUACCUUCACCCUCCAUCCUAACCUCCCACAUCAGGGUUAUUUGCAAAACGUCAACAAUACAGCGUGUGUGCGUGCGUGUUUGUGUGUGUGUGAGACUACAGAAGUUUUGCUGUGACAUCUCCAGUAUGAAUGUCAUCAUUGAUGGACCAUGUGUGAUUUUCAUGUUUUAAGGUGUUUUUCUUUUCUUCACCUCACCAGAUAUUUCACGACUUCCUGGAGGAAGACAAUGUCUUACCAUAUUCAUUAUCUCUUAAUAAAUGUGUGUCAGUGUGUACAUCUGUGUGCAAUGUGAGGGACGUGUGUUUUAUUAUGAUCUCUGAAAUCUAUGAAAGGGUUGCGAUGGCCCACUGUGGGUGGGUUUAUACAUCAGUAGAUCCUCUCACUUACCAUGAAAAAGAAGUUUGGAUGUGCAUCU